AUGGACGAAGGAAACGCCGUUAUUUCGGCAGCACUUUUCUCGUUUUUAGCGACUGAACUCCCAGUGGAGGCAGCACGCCGCGCACCGUACAACUUUAACGCUCUUUCUAACGACCAGUGCGUCGAAAGAUGUCGGUUUACAAAGGUGCAGAUUGUGGAACUUGUGACGCUAUUUGGAUUAGAAGGCAUUCGGACUCGAGAAAGGACGGCUGCUACUGGAGCUGAGGGUCUGUGUAUCCUUUUGUACAAACUUGCUGUGCCGGUUGGCUGGGUGGAUCUUGAAUAA